AAUCAACCCAUUCUAUCCCUAACCCUAAUUGCAACUUCCCAACAGUUCUCUCUCUCUUUGAUCUUCAGUUACCUGGUAGAUUUUUCGGGCUGAUUCUUUACCAAUAAUUUCGCAAAAAUGGCGGCUAAACGGUUUUUUAACGAAUCUGGGGCCGACUCGGAUCAACCACCCGAGAAAAAACCCAGAACUAGACCAACUUUUGCUUCUGUGAUUGGAGAAGUGGUUAUGGUGAAUUCGAUACAGAACCUCUUUUCGGCUAUAGAGCCGAUGCUUAGACGAGUGGUGAAUGAAGAAGUAGAGCGAGGUGUAAGGCAAAGUUUCCGUUCUUUAACUCGGUCUCCAUCCCUGCGUAUUCAAGCUCUUGAACCUUCAAGCCUGAAACUAAUCUUCAGCAAGAAGCUAUCUCUCCCAAUAUUCACCGGCAGCAAGAUCACAGCCGUCGACAACAACCCACUGCAGGUCGUCCUCGUCGACACCAGAGGCGGCCACAUGGUUCCGACCAGUCUCCCUCAGCCAAUCAAAAUAGAUAUCGUUGUUCUUGACGGAGACUUCGCCACAGGGGAGGGCGAUAGCUGGACCAGUGAAGACUUUGAAAGUAAGAUAGUGAAGGAGAGAACCGGCAAGCGGCCUUUGCUCACCGGAGAAGUGAGUAAUAUCACCAUGAGAGACGGGUUUGCACCAAUCGGAGAUAUUGAAUUCACAGACAACUCGAGCUGGAUUCGGAGCCGCAAAUUCAGAAUUGGUGUUAAAGUUGUAGCAGGAAAUUCUCAGGGAAUCAGAAUCCGCGAAGCCAUUACUGAAGCUUUUGUUGUGAAAGAUCACCGUGGAGAAUUGUACAAGAAGCAUCAUCCACCAAUGUUGCACGAUGAAGUGUGGCGUCUUGAGAAAAUUGGGAAAGAUGGAGCUUUUCAUAAGAAGCUUUCUACUGCAGGCAUCAAGUCAGUUCAAGAUUUCUUGAAAUUUUCAAUUGUGGAUCCACGAGGGCUUAGAGCGAUUUUGGGUCCUGGAAUGUCUGAGAAAAUGUGGGAAGUGACAUAUAAGCAUGCAACAACAUGUGUUAUGGGCAACAAACUUCAUAUUUAUCGUGGAAACAAUUGCACCAUCACCUUAAAUCCGAUUUGUCAAGUUGUUAGGGCAGUGAUUAAUGGUCAAAUAUAUCCUACUCGCGAACUGUCGACCUCUAUUAGGCGCUAUAUAGAGAAUUUGGUGAAAGAAGCAUAUAUAAAGUGGCAUUCACUAGAAGUGGUUGAAGGAGGUUUGAAUGAGACAGCCCUUUUGACGCAAGGUGAACUUGUGGAUCAAUAUCCCAAUAACAAUCUGGCCAUGUUAAGAUCUGUGGAACAAAAUGUUUACUCAACUGACAGAGCUUUCGACCUUGCGUACCUCACGAGCAUUUCACAUCCAGGCUGUAAUGACUGGCAAAUUCAAACUACACAUCCAUCUAUUGGAUUUCCCAUCUCUGAGUCAUCGUCCGAUGGUGAUUUAACACCUACCUCGAGAUCCUUCAUCAAUGGGAAUUAAUGGUAUCGAAAAAUCUAGUCGAAACAGGUCAAUAAUUUGUACGUUGAUCGAUGAAAAUGAUGUUCCGUAUAUAUUUAUUUUCUUUUUUUAACUAUCUAACUAACGUUAUAGUUAGUAGUAUUGAAAAUAAAUAUAGAUGAAACAAAUUUUUUUCAGAUGUACAUACGGAUGAAUGACCUGUUUGACCUAAAAUUCACUAAGUGUGCAAAGAGAUGUUGAUGGGCUUGGAUUGCAAAUUCGGGACAACUUCUUUUUAGGGCAAUAAUAUAGUAAGAAGUGUGCAAUAAUAUAGGAAGAAGUGUUUUGGCAUUGGGGUAUGAAAAUGUGAUUUGCUUGAAGGCGAGUCCCCCCAAUUGCAAUCUUUUUAAGCUUUUCCUGCUUAUUGCAAUACGUUUGUGUAUAUAAAGAAUGAAAUGUAAAGGCAGAUGAAUUGCUGAAAAGGAAAUUAGCCAGCGUUCUUAGAAGUAUUUCUAAUUAUUUGCAAUUUUCAAUAGUAAACUAGCACUUAGCUAUAUUAUAUAUAUACAUCUACCUUUGGGCGGGCUCAUAUUAUAGGCUUAAAAGGACAGGGCUUAAGAUAAUUUUUGGGCCCCUAUCUUCUGAGCCGGUUUUUGGGCCUAAAUGAGCUGAAUUAAAAUUUGUAACAUGCUAAUUGACUUUGCUAUCUUC